AUGGCUGCUAAUGCGUACAGCGUAAACGUCGAGAAAUACGGUAACUGGUGGGACUGGGAAAUCGGCUCGGCAAAACACAUCUUUCGCAUUCUCGUCAUGCUACAACGUUGCCUCAGCGGGUCGAUGUUGGUAUCGUAUGCGCAAGCAUUUGAUCAUUUCGUGCCGUUCAUCGACGUCACCAGCAGAUUGCAGACAGGCGCAAAUCUGGCAGAUAUUCUUACUGUAAAACUACUCGAGUCCGUCGUUAAAAACGACUCGCCUUUGCUUGAUAACGUCAGCAACGCGACACCUCACCUGCUUGCGACCGUCACCAGCGGAGACGGGUUUUACCCGGACGGUUCCUAUAUUCACCACUCGUACGCACCUUCCAGCGCAUCUUACGGUUCCGUGCUUAUUUAUCAAACGGCACAUAUUCUGCUUAUGCUGAGAGGCACCAGGUGGUACAGAAAUGAAAAGGAACUCAUCGGCAUUCUGCUUUCAGCUAUUGAACCGGUGAUUUUCAAAGGCGUCGUUUUGGCCAAUCAUCGAGGCCGUAGUGUCGCACGUUACUAUAACGCUGACAACGACGAAGGAAAAAGCAUCUCGCAGAGUUUCGCGCUCCUGGGCUAUUUGGCAUCUGGCGACAGUGCAGUGCGACUCAAAAGGAUAGUCAAGACAUGGUACAUUGAUAACCUAACGCUGCUGGUCGACAAAUGUCCGACAUCCUUGAUAUGUCGUUUGUUUGACGACAUCGUCUCAGAUGCAGCAGUCAAACAGCUUCCGGAAAGCAACAGACAUUUCACGUUCAAUUCCAUGGAAAGACCGGUUCACCAUCGAGAACGGUACGCGUUCAGCGUUAGUCGCUCAUCAGCGAGAAUCGUCCGCUACAGUAGCCUAAACGGUGAGAAUCUUCGACCGUGGUUUCAAGGCGACGGUGCCACCUACCUGUACGUUGACAGAGAACAUUACGGCAGUAAUUACUGGCCAACGGUCGACUCUCGACGCCUUGCCGGCAUCACGGCUGCUAUGAAGCCGGCCAACAUGCUGACUAUUUCCAAGAAAGCGCUCAGCACAAGUCCAUGGUCUGGGGGUGCUGAGCUGGAAUCGUAUGGCGCGUCGACGAUGUUUCUGAUAGACGAUGGCAUGCAGCUAAAUGCGUUCAAAUCUUGGUUCAUGUUCGACGAUGAGAUUGUCGCCACCGGAUCCGGCAUUAGCGACGGCAGCGGAUAUCCGGUAGAGACCAUAAUUGACAACCGUCGGUUGUACGGAAAUCCGGAUUUAAAGGUGAACGGUGUCAAGCUACGUACCUCAUCGUUCAGGGGGUUGCUUGACGGUCAGGCUUACACGGCGAUACUCACAUUCGGUGACAGAAAAACGAUUGGUUACUACGUACGCUCCUGCAGAGAUCGAUCGAUAAAACUGAAAGUGUGGACCGAGUCCCGUACUGACAACUGGGAAAAUUUAAACACCGACUUGAAAACACUGAACAGCGUUGGUCGAAAAACGUUUACAAACGCCUUCGCUACCCUCGCGCUACUGCAUGGAACAAAUCCUAGCAGUUCAGAUUACUUUUACGUCAUUUUUCCGUUCAGCGAUGAUCAGCAACUUGCCGAUUAUGCCACGUCUCCUUUCAUAGAGCUUCUUGUGCAAACGCCUAAGUGUCACGCAGUUUAUCAUAAAAAUCUUAAGAUCUUCAUGGCUUCAUUUUUAGACGUCUGUCAUUCACCGUACGUUCGCUCUUCCACUCCCGCGGUCAUCGUGCUGAAGGCUGAUUCGUCCGGUCAUGCGAAAGUGUCCGUGGGUUUGUCCCGCUAUCAACAGCAAACCAUAGAGCUUCUAUUUCUGGGCUCUUAUGUAAACCUGACAACUAAAGAUUCCAGAAUCUCCGCCAGCCAUAACUCCAGUGGUCUCGUUCUUGUCAUAAACGUUCGAUCAUUUCAAGGAGAAAGCUUUCACUUUCAGCUGUCAACUUAA